AUGCUACAAGGUACACCAAGUAUUGCUGAAGAAGAUGAAAAUCCUGAUCAAGAACAAUGCGAGGAUGAUCGAGCACAAUUCAACACUGAUAGACGAACAGAUACUAGUCUCGUGAAAAAUCAGCAUGAACAUCUACCUCAAAUUUCGCCAGCAACAGCUUCCAGUGGUUUAAGUUCAUGGCGUAUCCCACGUUUAAUAUUAAAUUUUCUCUCUGUGUCACCUCAUAUGCUUGCAAGUGCUGAAGAACGACUGUAUCAAAACUUGAAGAAUAAAUACUACGGUGACUAUGUACAUAUUCGUGGUGAUAAUUUAAUAUGGACAGUUCGAAGUCUGAAUUCGCCAGCAGAUACAGUUCCGAUCGUGCUUAUUCAUGACUUUGGCUGUGCUUCCGGUAUCUGGAUACAAAAUACUGAUUUCUUAAGCGCACGACAUCAGCUGUAUAUGUUUGACAUCCUUGGAUUUGGUCGUUCCUCACGUCCAUGCUUUGAUCAAACAAACACAAUUAGUGCUGAAACGAAAUUUGUCGAAUCCAUUGAAGAUUGGCGUAUAGCAGUCGAUCUACAAACGAAAUUCUACUUAGUUGGUCACGGAUUCGGUGCAUAUCUCGCAACACUUUAUACAAUGCGAUACGGACAUUGGAUAAAAAAAUUGAUUCUUCUCGAUCCGUGGGGUUUCAAUCCAAAACCGGAUGAAAGUCAAUUAAAUCUAAGCACACCGUUAUGGAUUAAACUGAUUGCUUACAUUACUCAAACAUGGACGUCAUUUUCUGCAUUCCGCUAUCUUGGACCAUUGGGUAGACCGAAUUUAAAGAUAUUUUUCUUGUCAACAUCGGCUAAAUCAUUUCUAGGUUUACCAUUGUUAAAAGUACUUGCGCCACGUUGGAAGCGUUUAGCACCGAUUGAUUCUUCAUAUCAGAAAUCCAAUGCACUCUAUGAAUACUUGUAUCAUGUCAAUGUUCAACCAGCAAGUGGUGAUGUAGGCUUCCAAGCAUUAGCCUCUUGGUAUGGCUGGGCGAAAGAUCCAAUAGUUCAAGUGGAGCAUUCGCGUAUCGAAAGUAUAUCUGACGAAAUCUACAUUGCAUUCAUAUAUGGUUCACGAACCAGUAUUGAUAAUACCGCUGCCCAACAAAUCCUUCAUCAACGUGGUCCGAAUAAUACAUGUAUCAAAAUCAUUCAUAAUGCUGCACAUUUCUUUUUCAUGGAGAAACCAAUUCAAUUUCACGAAGUCAUGAGCGAAAUCUUAUCUGAUUUGCCCCACUAUUUUCGUACAUUGGCAUCAGUUGAUAGAACUAUAACCACAACAGUCUUACCCGAAUAA